UCACUUAAAUUCAGAGCCACACUUGGUAACUGCAGCAGAUUGGAACGCAUAACAGCAGCGCUGGACUUUCUGUGCUAACACAUCCGGGGAGCCCACCAUGCUGUUACUAGUCACGGUCAUCCUCACCCUGUGGGUCUCCUGGGCUCGUGGACAAGCCAUCUCCUGCAGCCUCCCGCAGAUCCCAAAUGGCGAGCCCACGUCUCCUAAGGCCUCCUAUCAAGACAACGAGAGGCUUCAGUACCGGUGCCUCCCGGGGUACAGUUACAGCGGAAGAGCAGAGACUGUCUGCACCCAGUCGGGGUGGACCCCGCCUCCGUCCUGCCAAGAAAUGACAUGUGACCCUCCAAGAAUUGCAAACAGUCACUUUGUUGCUGACAGGAGCACAUACAGAGUGGGAGACACAAUCAGAUACUCCUGCAAAGGUGGCUUCUUCCCUUCCAUCCGGGGAAAUACUACAAAAUGUACUGACAUAGGCUGGGAUCCUCCUCCAAGAUGUAGCUUUAAGCCCUGUGACUUUCCAGAAAUAAAACAUGGACGCCUACAUUGGGGAGACUGGUAUAGAUCACAAUUCCCAGUAUCAGCAGGACAAUGGUUUUACUAUUCCUGUGAUGACAACUAUGUGACUCCUUCACAAAGCAAGUGGGAUCGCAUGACCUGCACACAAGAUGGCUGGACCCCGGAAGUGCCCUGCCGCAGAAAAUGCAUUUUCAAUGAUUUGGAAAAUGGACAUCGUCCACGAUAUGAACAAAGCUACUUGCAGGGCACAUCUGUACGUGUUAAUUGCUAUCCUGGCUACACGCUUCAAAACAAGCAGACCUCAAUGACCUGUACGGAGAAUGGCUGGCUCCCUCCUCCCAGAUGCAUCCGUGUCGAAACAUGUUUAAAGUCAAAGGUAAAAAUUGAAAAUGGAUUUACUGCUGAUCCUGAACCUACAUAUCUCUUAAAUCAAAGAGUAAAAUAUAAGUGCAAACAAGAUUAUGUAACAGAAGAUGGUCACACAUCCGGGUAUAUUACGUGUCUCCAGAAUGGAUGGUCAGCUCAACCCAGAUGCAUUAAACUUUGUGACAUGCCCAUAUUUGAGAAUGCCACAGCUUUGAUCACUGGAAGACCAUUUCGACCUAAUGACACGUUGGACUACCAAUGCCUGGAUGGCUACGAAAACAGAGAUGGAAGCACCAAGGGCUCCAUGGUGUGUGGUGAGGGCGGGUGGCUCCACUUGCCAACCUGCUUUAAAUCUGCAGACAAGUGUGGGCCUCCUCCAACGAUUAGCGAUGGAGACAUCACCUCCUUCCCAUUGGAAGGGUACCCUCCAGGGUCAAGAGUGGAAUACCAAUGCCAGGCCUACUAUGAACUCCAGGGUCCUCAAUAUGUAACCUGUAGUUCUGCAAAGUGGUCCGAACCCCCGAGAUGCAUAGAUCCAUGUGUAAUUUCAGAAGAAAUCAUGAAUGAAAAGAACAUUCAGUUAAAAGGGAAAGAUAACAAACGCUAUUAUGUAAAAACAGGGGAUAUCAUUGAAUUUAUGUGCAAAUCGGGACACAAGGCGGUGACGUCAGAGGAGUCAUUUCAAGCCGUGUGUCGGGAAGGGGCAGUGGCGUUCCCCAGAUGUGAAUGAGGAAGCCCUGUGGCCCCAAAGAUGUGGCCAGUCCCGCCUACUGCUCUUUGCUCAAAGCUUCCAGGCUUCUGGCAUUUCCUGCUCUUUCCUGUGGAAGAUAUUUGUCUAAUACUUAGUUUUAUGUUCUUUUUUUUAACCAUCAGAUGCAUGUGUAGUAUCAGAAGAAAUCAUGUGAAAACAUAACAUACAGUUGAGAUGGUUAGAUGCGAGAAAAGCUUAUUUUACAACGGAAGGUUAUAUUGAAUUUGUGUGUCAACCUAGCGGUAGUGAAGCGCCACCACCAUCUGCAUUCCAAGUACAAUGUCAAGAAGGAGAACUGGC